AUGUUGUAAAAUUAGUCUGAUACAUCACUAAAAAAAUGAUAUGUUCUUUUUGGGGAAUAAAGCUAUUUCCUUACCUCAUCUUUUCUUCAGCAGAUGACAUCAAGCAGGUCCAUGGGAUGGAAUGGAAACUACUCCUCUGUGGCCAUGUUUGUUCUCCUGGGACUCUCAGAUGAAAAAGAACUGCAGCUCAUCCUCUUUCCAGUAUUCCUAGGGAUCUACCUUGUGACCCUUAUCUGGAAUCUGGGUCUCAUCUUCCUAAUUAGAAUGGACUCCCACUUGCAAACACCCAUGUACUUUUUUUUCUGUUCCCUCUCAUUUAUAGAUGUCUGCUAUUCUUCUUCCAUCAGCCCGAGGAUGCUUUCAGACUUCCUAAAAAAUGAAAAAAUGAUUUCUUUCAAUGCCUGUGCAACUCAGUAUUUUGUUGCAGCCUGGAUGGCUCUGGCUGAGUGCUGCCUAUUGGCCACCAUGGCUUAUGACCGAUAUGUGGCCAUUUGCAGCCCACAACAAUACUCAGCCAUUAUGGUACCUGACCUCUGUGGGAAGAUGGUUGCUGGGGCCUGCGUGAGUGGUUUCCUUAGCAGUUUAUCUCUAACAGUCUCUUGUUUUCAACUUUACUACUGUGGGCCAAAUGUCAUUCAACAUUUCUUCUGUGACUUACCUCAGAUUAUUCCCUUGUCUUGCUCCAAUCCCUUCAUCAGCCAAAUGAUUCUUCUUCUGGUAGACAUUUUUGUUGGAUUUGGUUCUUUGUUUGUUAUCCUCUUAUCCUAUGGUUUCAUUGCAGCUUCCAUCCUGAAAAUAUCCUCAGGCAAAGGUAGUGCCAAGGCCUUCAAUACCUGUGCCUCCCACCUGGCAGCUGUGACACUCUAUUAUGGCACAACCUUCUCUGUGUACUUGUGUCCAAAGUCUAAUCAGACCAUGAAGCAGGACAAGGUGCUAUCAGUGUUCUAUGUCAUCAUCAUUCCCAUUUUAAACCCUCUGAUCUACAGUCUGAGGAACAAGGAGAUCAAAGAGGCCCUUAAGAGGCUUAUAAAGAGAGCAACAGCCUUAUGUCAAUCAGAACAAUAUUUGGGUACGUAUCAUUACCGUAUAAGGUAGAUGGAGGUAAAAAUGUGUAAGUGACCUUUUGCAUGUCACAUGACUAGAAAGGAAGAAGUAAAAACUUGGCUUCCUUAUUUCUUGAUGCCAUCAUGCUUAGCUGCCAUCAAGAAGUAAUCUAACAAAGUGUUGUUAUACACAGUUUAAAAAGCCAGUUUCCAUUAUUAGAACUUUGAUAAAAGCCUAAAGUGUGAUUGUGAUUUGAGAAGAGAAAUGUUGGUAGAUACUGUAUGUACAGAAAUGACAACAGUCCGGGACACCAAGCAGCAUGUUCUUUCCUUCACAGAUUUUCAUUUCUUUUAUUCAUUAUUAAUUUUUCAACAUUUGUAUAUGUUCA